AUGCAAGCCAAACAAAAUGCUGCUAAACUUAGAAUGUUAUACAAUGCUAAAAAACAGCAGUUAGCAGAUAUUAUCGCAAAAGAUCUUCAGGAUGAUCCUGCUUUAGAAAUUAGCCGGAAUUUGUCUGUAGCCCAUGCACAAGCUAAAGAUCGAUUUCAUGUAGCUAUGAAUAAGCUACGCGAAGAAAAUCUAAAUAAAGCUCUUAUACAACAUGAAAUUCAGGAACGGAUUAAAGAAGUUAGAAAUGCUGAGAAAAAACGUGCUGCUUUAAUUGCUUCUCUACCACCACCCAAGGAUAUACUUGAUGAAGAAAGUUUAAAAAAACCUAAACCGGCUGAUGAAGCCUUAGUUCUUGUGUAUGAUCUUGAAGCUAGAAACACAAUACAUACACAGAAUGUACCAUCGAAAAUAGUUGUAAAAAAUGAAAAAGUCGAUGACGAGAAAGAGAUUGAACAUAAUAAACCUCAAAAUGCUAAUAUUUCGGCAUACGAAGAAGAACAACGUACACAAGCAGUUGAGCGUAUAAAUGCUCUUCGUGCUAGUGAAAACCUUAUCAAAGCUGAUGUGCGUGGACGUCAGGCAAUGAAAAAAGAACGUGUCCGUCAAUAUUAUCGAGCUUUACUGGAUCGUUUGGAUGAAAUCAAACGUAAUGAGACUUUACUUCGUAGAAAUCAAUUAUAUUCCGGAAAUGUUGAAAAUUCUCAUGUACCUAUAAGUGGUCAUUUGGAUGAUUCUGCUGUAAAUCGUCGAAUGGAAAAAGUUUUCGAGGUAUUUAUCACUUCUUUUUGA